AUGGCCAAAGAUUUAAUGCCUAAGCAAACAGCCAACAAACCAUCGUUGAAGGCUUGUACUUGCAAAAGAUGUGUUAAUUUGAGCGCUUCAAGAGAGAAGAAGAUCAGAAGAAAGAAGAAAGGCGAAGAGAAAAGAGAGAGACAUUAUGGAAGUAGACGGAAAUUGACGUUUAACUUUUUGAAGCAUACGAAUUUGGAAAAUACCAAUUACGACGUGAUCACUUCUGUUGGAUAUCUUAAUGAAAAGUAUGGACUGAAAAAAUCACAUUACAUCGAAAAAUUCAUUAAAUGCAUCCACAGGAAAAUAAAUAUCGAUGUAAGUAAAAUCACCGAUGACUACGUGGAUUCGCUGAGUCCCUGGGUUAAAGUAAAACUUUUUCUCCUGUUGGUAACUUUAUCCGAAAAAGGUGGUCCAGAAUACUGGCUCGAUAAGACAGAUGGUGAUAAAAACUCAGAAUCAUUUUCGUCAGAAAAUGGCACGGAAGAUUCCAUUAACGGUGAGGGUAGCGCAAAAAUACCAACAUUAAAAGAUGAAAUGUCUAAGGCCCAUAAAAAUAUUUUCCCUACUUUAACAGAACAGAUCAUACAGCACAACAUUAAUCAAGAUUUUACGGAGUCGACGUAUGACGAAGAUUAUGUCUUUUCUUCUAUUUGGGCGAAUUUCAUGGAAGGAUUAAUCAAUCAUUAUUUGGAAAAGGUUAUCGUACCUUAUUCGGAGAUGAAGGUCUGUCAACAACUAUACAAACCAAUGAUGAAAAUCAUUUCAUUGUACAACGAGUAUAAUGAACUUAUGGUUAAAAGCGAAAAGAACGGUUUCUUACCUUCUUUGCAAGAAUCUGAUAAUGCUAAUGGUGAAAAAAGCGAAAAAGACAGCAAGGAUGAUGCUGUUAGUCAAGAAAGGCUUGAAAGAGCCCAAAAAUUGCUAUGGCAAGCUCGAGAAGAUAUUCCAAAAACUAUCAGCAAAGAGCUAACUUUGCUGUCAGAAAUGUAUUCAACAUUAUCUGCUGACGAGCAAGACUACGAACUAGAUGAAUUUGUGUGUUGCGCGGAAGAGUAUAUCGAAUUAGAGUAUCUUCCCGCGCUUGUUGAUGUUUUAUUUGCUAACUGUGGCACAAACAACUUCUGGAAGAUUAUGUUGGUGUUGGAACCUUUCUUUUACUACAUCGAAGAUGUCGGCGGAGAUGACGACGAAGACGAAGACAAUGCCGAUAACAGUGAGAAUGAAGAAGACCACCUACACACUAAAAACGCGGAGAGAGAAGAUGCAGUGGUUGAACACCAUUUCAAGCCUGAUCCGAGAGUAAUUACUCUGGAGAAAAUAUGUGAAGUCGCUGCAAGGCAAAAAUGGAUAUAA